UAAGCUGGCUUGUGAUCGGCGUGCUUAUGUAAUCUGGUCGUGUCAAACGGCUUUGUUUACCUUUUGGCCCGAUUGGGAAUGUGUGCUCGGGUUGAUCGUGUUUUCGUUUUUUUCUUGGUUUCACCACGCAUGCUACACUACACACACAUUUCUAACUUCUUUAUCGGUUUCCAGGGCCCCAGUUUGUGACAAGUCUCCUUUCUGUGUGCCGUGCUUUCCAGCAACAGCAAUAUAAGCCUUGUCUGCGAAAUCCCCAUCUGCCGUAAAACUUAUUCUGACGGAAAGAGAGAGAGAGAGAGAAAGAUAGAGGGAAGAUAUGUGCAGCACAGGAAUGCCGACAAAGGAAGAUGGCAGCAGCCCCACCACAACUCCGAUCACCAGGAUCAAAUCGAUAAUUCCCAACUCCAAGUCCAAAAACAACCUCUUCAUGACUUUCUUCGACAACACAGACCCGAUCGUCAGGUCGUCUUCGCAGUACAUCAUCACACAAACAAAGGAAGACCUGUACAAUGAAAACUACUGGUCGUUGAUGAUCCCUUCGGCAGCGUACUUUCAUGUGUACAACUCCGUCCUAGGUGACGUGUUUGCCAUGGUCUACAACAACAACAUCAGAAACGAGAAGAACCAUUCGUUGUCCACAUUCAUAAUAUCCAAGCACGGCUGCUCCGUACACCCGGAAAUAUACCUUUCUGCAGACUCGAAGUACUACCCGGCAGUGGAAAACUUGAAUCCCUCGUUGAAGUCUAGCAAAGUCCGCAAAGCGCUUGCAAUCUCUUUGUUGAAAACGUUUGCAGACUUGAACUCCGACAUCACAGACUCGCUCUACAGUCAGGCGGACUUACCAAACAAAACCUUUGACUGGGAUGAAACGCAAGCAGGCUUGUUGGCCUCGCAAAUGACUCUCCUAGACGCAUUACCCCCUUCUGAUAUUGGCUCCUACCUUUAUGAACUAGGGUACCUUACCCAGAGCCUAUCGACAGCUUCUUAUGUUGUCGACGUCAUAUACACAGAUCAACCGGGAAACGAGUUGCUUUCGGAACAAAAUAACGCCCUGGCAUUUUUGCUCGGUAAACAACUGGAGCAGCUUUUUGAUCCCUUGACAGAGUAUUCCCCAGAGCCAACCGAAAAAGUCUACAAGCCCCCAAUCGACAAUUUUUCAAGCUGCAUGGAAGAAGACAAUGACUUGAUAUGCUCCAUUUGCUCAGAACUGAUUACCGUCCAAACCAACUACACAGUGUCCUUAGUGCAGUUUCUGCAGAAUUUCAUAGUGCCCUUACGCAUAAAAGUUUUAGAAGGGAAGCUGCCAGGAUAUUCCACUGCUAAGUUAAACCAAAUAUUCCCUCCCACUAUAGAUGAAGUGACAAGAAUAAACUGUAUCUUUCUAGACAUGUUGAAGCUGGCUCGACCUUAUGGUUCCUAUGAGAUACUGAAAGCAUGUGGUACAACGAUACCCUACUUCUACAAGGCUCAAAUGCGACACGAAGCGGCAACGAAGAACUUUCAUUUGAACUAUCUCAAAUUCGUGGCGGAUGUUAAUACAAGUGACUGCUCAGAUUUGUUAUCUCUGGAUCAACCAACUGUUGAGACUGCAGUUUAUUCUUCGCUAAAUCUAGUGAAAAUUCAAUUAAUCAUUCAGCGUCUUGUGAAAAACCAAACAUGGCCUGAUCAGUUGAAAGAUAGCGUGAACAUAUAUUUAGACUCCUGUGAUGAUACCAUUUCUUCGUUUGCCAACGAUAAAUUACUACCUUACAACGGACGUAUAUUUACCCCCACAGGAAAAAUAUUAGCAGAAAUAGCAAAAGGAUGGCCAUCUGAACUCCAGUUUGGUUGGCUUACCAGGCGGGUCGUUGCUGUUUUUGAUGCAACAGACAUCCUUGCCAAUAACGUUAGAAACAAAUCGGUAAUCAUCGUCUUUAGCGACCACGCACUCUUUCUAACAAUUGAUGAUGAUGAAUACUAUGCCGACCUUUGGAGAGGUAAUGAAUCACAGGACACCAAUAAUGGAAAGAACAAAAUCGCUAACACGGAAUUGUCGGCAUCGAUGUCAAACUCAGAUUACGUAUCAAGCUCAAUACAUAAACCUUCUGUAUCCGAUAUACUGAUGCAUUCCCUCACAAAUGAGACACCAUUAAACAAACUACCUCACAUGAGUGUUAAAUACUGGGCUAGUAUCAAUGAUUUGCAUGCAUUGCACUUUGUUUCAAGCGCUCAGUCGGCUGACAAUACUCCCAAUUCCUAUGUCAGAUUCUUUAAUGAAAAAGAUUCCUCCUUCACGGGAAUUUAUCAGCUCGAUAAAGUUUCUGGAAAAUAUGUUACUGAAGUGCUGGCACGUUCUAAAAUAUUAAACAAGACUCAAUCAUUCCAUCUUUUUUGUGGCUCCAUUUCUAAUGAUGACUUGAAACCAACAGAAAAUUCUGACGAUAGUGAAAACCAAAAUGGUACAAUAACUAAAAGAGUCUAUUACACUGCACACGAAGCCUCAACCUAUGAGAAGGAAGACACCAAAUCACCAUUUAUCGUACUCUUCAACAAGGAGUACAAUGAUGAUAUACUUGAUGAAUACAAUGUCUACGCCUUCAUUACUUUAAACUUUGUUAAAGAUGACACCAUCAGAAUGGAAGGUAUUUCAAGAUGCAGAAUUGAUGGCCAUGAAAAAGAGAAACUUUCCUAUGAUGUCAACGUAGAUAUCCUAAGUGCUUCUCUAUCGUUAAUUCUAAGUGAACUCUUCUCUACUCACAUGAGUCUAUAUAACCCGAUGCUAAUAGAUUACUUACUAACAAACAAUGGUCAGGUCAACUCUCAAGCUUCCAAAGUUCUCAAUGUUCCACUGGAAGUAUUAGAUUCUGAUAAAACAAAAAUCAUUGAUUCAGUAAUGAAAAGUAAAAAGGAGCGGGAUAUUGUUAAUAGCGUUGCCAAUGACAAAAAAGAUAGAAGGAAAUCCUUAGAAUUAUUAUCAGAAGAUAUAAAGACCAAAAAGUUGACCAAAGCCCUGCAAAAAAAAGAAGUCAAGGAGAACAAGGAAGUUAGAUUUCAAGCAGCCCCAACAAUGAAGGAUCAGUCAAAGACUUCCAACAACCCACCUAGAAAUCUAGAAAAGUCAAGUAAAGGAGGAAAAGCUAAAAGUGGGUUUUUCAAGUUUUUCAGCAGACAAAAACCAUCGAACAAAACACCAGCAGCUAACAAACAGCUUAAGCGUAAUGCAACUGUGGUAUAUCAGAAAAAAGAAUCUACCCAAAAGAAUUAUGAUUAUUCUGAGCUGAAGCCAGCUAAGCCUAAAAUACAGAAAAAGAAAAGCUCUCAAUCGUUUACCCUUUUCUCGCUCAAAUCCAACAAUCUUAGUGUAGCUAAACGUGAGGCCAAAGUGCAACCUGUCAAAAAGGAAGUUUCUAAACCCAUAAUUCCCAAACCAAAUAAUUUUGAGUCUUCUAUAGCCAAUCCCAUCAGUCCUCAAAAGAUUGUUGAUAAUAAUGCGACAUCUGUCUUAGAAAAGGAAGAUAUCACUGAAAUGGGUCACCGUCUAACGAAUAGCCAAACUGAUAAUACUACAUUAUCUACAGGAAUAUAUGUCAAUUCUCACUUUGAGUUUCCAAUGGAAUCUGCGCCAGCUUCCCAAAAUGUUGAUAAUGAUAAGUCCAGUGCUCCUGUGACUCCUAAGAUUGCUAAAUUGAAAGAUGGACCUGGCCAUACCAAGGGAUACAAGGACUCUGUUGAUCUUAUGGGGAAGCUGAAUAUUCAAAUAGAGGAUCCUAAAGUCUACGAUGACGACUUGUUUGAGUUGAGCUCAAACAAUGUCUCUAAAACGUUGCAGAAAUCACAUGAGCAGUUUAAUAUUAUGAAACCUAAAUCUAUUCAUUCGGAGACUACACAAACCGAUGAUACUAAUGUGUUUACACCAAAAGCCUACGACUUUACACCUGUAACUCAGAUAUCGAGCAGGAACCCUGCAGAAGUGAAAGACUCUGAUUACGUUGACGAAAAGUUUUACAACAAUAAUAUGGCUAUCAAGACUGAUCAACAAAACAAGAACAAUAUCAUUGAUGCUAAUGUCAAAAGAAAUCCAUGGAGGGUGAUGACUUUGCCGGUGAAAUCUCCUGAAGUGGAUCCCGAUAUGAUUAGCUUGCAAAGAUCUAAGUCAUUCUAUACGAGGUUCAAAAACAUGCGUGAGAGACAGGAACAAAUGUUGAAAGAAAAUGGUAUGACGCUUGUGCGUGAUCUAAGCGACUUGCCGAUAAAAGAUAGGAAAGCUUUGUCGCAGGGAUUUAUCUUCAGUCCAAGCAUUUGCUCCAAUUUGGACAAAUCAAUACUGGAUAACGAGAACACAAAUUGGACAUCAAUGGAUAAUAUUAUGCAAAGUACUUCCACUGAAACAGAUUUACCUGCCAUAGCAAAAUUAGCUCCACAAAAACCACCCAACCUCACCACAAAACCUUUAAUUAGCUCCCCAUCAACGUCUAUAUCAGUUGUCGAAAGGAAAAUUGUGCAAACCAAGCCGAUAGUGAAGGAAAGUCCUGAAAAUAGCAGAAGUAUUUCCACCUCAUCGAGUGUUUAUUUAACCUCAGAAGACGAUGCUUUGAAAACAUAUGAUAACUUGCAAAGUGCUUUGAAUGCCAUUAACCCAUACUCCAUGGUAAUUGAUGACACAAAUCAACCAGACAUAUAUGAAGACGAAUUGAAAGAAGUUUCAAGUUAUCACGUCAUUGAUGACAAUGAUGAUGCUACUAUACUUCAUACUCCAGUGUAUCACUCAGAAAGUGUUUCCAAUGUUAAGCUGUAUCAAGAUGACAUAGAUUUUUUCUCUGAUUUAGAUUUGGAUAAGAUGGAUUUGAACAUAGAUAUGAAUUUUCCUGAUGUUUCAGAAUUGUUAAUUAAUUCAGUCAACAUAAAACAAAAGCCAAUGCAUAAAAGUAAAAGCUUUGUGACGAAUAUGGAAUCCAACGAAACAUUAAGUCCAGAUUUUACAAUAAGAGAUUUAACCAUAGGUAACCUCGAUGACACGAUCAUGCAUAGCCAAAUUGACACUUCUUUCGAUUCGGCUCAAACCAAUAACUUCAAUUCAAAUAUGCUGAUUAGUGAUAGAAGAGAUGGAACCUACAAUAAAAAAGAUGGUGCCCAAAAAAGUGGUUUUUCUAGGUCAGAUACUGCCUUUGCGUUAAAUGCUCUUUUGAAAAACAAGUCUUACGCUUAUCUGCAGGAUGUUUUUAACGGCGAUUAUGAGUCAUGCGAUGACAUCGGUUCCAAACCGGAAACAGGACUGAUGACACAAAUUUUUGAUGAGGAAUUUUCCGAAUUCGAAGACUCAACUUCUGAUUCAGUCCUGAGGUCCAAAAAGCAGACAAAGAGCAGCAGAUUGAAGAGAGAAAUGACAGAUUACGACAUUGUAUAUUACCAGAAACUUCUGAACAGUUCAGUGAACUACUUAUCGAGCUAUACCAACGACGAAGAGGUAUACUGAUAAAUUUAUAUUCUAUAAACAAUUUAAUUUCGAGUUAGUUUUUUUUUUUUAGUCACAGAUUUUUUUUUGAAGAAAUUUG